AUGUUACGACUGAUUUCAAGGUGUGUACUACGUCGACGUAUUGUGAGUACGACAUGUUUGAGACAGUACUCGAAGAAGGAGGGCGUAACGCCAUGGUAUUUGACUAUGGUCGAUAGAGAACCCAAGCAAUCGAUCUUCCAGGCACAGCAGGUCGUUUUGCCACAGGAAAGCCCACAAUCACUAGCAACAAUCACAGAUCAAUUAAAGGAGCGUCUUGGAUUAUCAGAUAUAAUUGUUUUUGACCUUCGUGGUUCGGAUUUUACUACUGCUGUGGCCAAAGUAAGCGAUUUUAUGAUCAUAGGUACCGCAAAAUCUGCUAAACACUGUCAAAGUUGUUUUGUAGAGUUGAAUGGAUUCCUCAAGCAAGAGUAUAACUCUGUGGCUUAUGUAGAAGGGAAUGUCAAUGCCAGAGAGGAGAAGAAAAGGUUGAGAAGAAUCGCUAGAAAGUCAAACUUGGGGAAAUCAUGGGGGGCUAACUCUUCGCCCUAUGCACAAGGUUUCCAAAAUAAUUCGGAAGCUUGGUUCAUGAUUGAUUGUCAUGUUGAUAACAUAUUCGUUAAUAUUCUAACAGAGGAUAGAAGAAAGGAACUCAACCUUGAAGAGUUGUAUGCUCCAGAGAAUGAAAGACAUAAGUACCAGCACCCCAAGGAUGCUGCAGAGACAGAACAAAAUGUUGAAGAAGGUGAUGAUGUUCUCGCAGGUUUGAGAAGAUUGGCCUACCAAAGAAGACAGUACUCUACGAUUAGCCCGACACUCGAAUCUAGCAAGAAACUUGCUGAUUUGCUCAGCAACGAGGAUUUCAACGCUACACAAGCCAUAGCUCAAUCGAAAAAUGACCACUCGCUACAUCUUCUACAAACUGUAGUAGAUUCGUUCGCUAACCAGACAGUGCCAGUUGCCGAUCCAAAGAAAAUUGAGCAGUGGAAGGCUGUUUUCGAUUCUUUUUGGCCUCUUGUUCUCCCACAAGCCACAGCUUCGUUAUAUUGGUCUUCGAGACUAAGAUUUUUGAAGAUGCUGAAUAUCGCUAACAAGACCGCCUACCCAGUGCGUAGAAUCAUCACAGAUUACUUACUGCUUAAGAGGUCAACGGGUUUCCCACUAGUUCAGGAUGAUUUCCUACAGUUCUUACAGCUAGUGAUAAUAAACUUGAGUGUGAAUCCCAAGGCAAACUAUUGGGAUUUAGUAGAGUCCAAUAGCGAUAUUGAAAAAGCACUAAAACUGUUUGAUGAUUUGAACGAUGAGACGCUGUUGAAAGAUGAAUUAGUGGUAACGAUGUUGCUUAGGACAAUGGUUUUAAAUGAUGAAAAAAGAACACAUUUGCAUGCGCUGUAUGAAGUGGUAGACUACCUCAUGAAGACUCGUGACCUGACUCCGACGAUGAUGGCAAGCAUCCUAGAAAUUCUUGGUGGUAUCAAAGACUGGAACAAGUUCUUUCAAUUUUGGGAACUGGGCGCCAGGGAUUUGUUACCGGGACAGGAUUAUAGACCAUGGGCCGAAUUCAUCAAGAUAAUCGUCAACUCAAACGAUACUGCUUUGAUGAACAAAAUCGUUAACGAGGGGCAUUUACUAUGGCUGAAACGCAACGAAGUGGAAAUGACAAGAAGUAUAGGGUCACAACUUGACAAGUUAUUUGAAAAGUUAGACCCACAAGGCAUUGCAUUCAAAACUUUGAAAGACUAUCUAUGCAGUUAA